AAGAAAUGGUCGCACCAGUUCUCUAAUAUAAAAGCCAGCUUAAGAGUGGGCAAGAGACAGAGAGACACACACACACACACACACAGAGAGUGCCAAAGAUGAGUUUGAGUUGCGCGAUGAAGGCCGCUCCGAUUUUCUUCUUGAUGUUCCUUUCGACCUUAGUUUCUGCGAAGUCCCGCGAUGUGACUGAGUUGCAGAUUGGUGUGAAGUAUAAGCCAGAUUCUUGUGACAUUCAGGCUCGCAAAGGCGAUAAAAUCAAAGUACACUAUAGAGGAACACUCACUGAUGGAACUGUUUUUGAUUCGAGUUUCGAAAGGGGCACCCCAAUUGAGUUUGAGCUUGGAACCGGUCAAGUAAUAAAAGGGUGGGACCAAGGGUUGCUGGGAGCAUGUGUAGGUGAGAAGCGGAAGUUGAAAAUACCUGCAAAACUUGGUUAUGGGGACCAAGGUUCGCCACCAACCAUCCCAGGUGGUGCAACGUUAAUAUUUGAAACAGAGCUUGUUGCAGUGAAUGGGAAAAAGUCCAGUGGAGGAGAAGCAAAUGAUGCUGAGCUGUGAACAGAGGAUUAAUGGUUUAGCCAAAGUUUUAUGUGACUCUGUUAUCUUAAAACAAUGAUUUUUACUUUGCUUUCAGAACGUAGAAAACAUUUGGUUUUGAAUCUUAAAAAUUAAAACAGGGUCUCUGUAUUUUGAGAUAGAAUAUUUAUAAUGCAAGUCUUUUCAUUUUCUCUUA